AUGAAAUUUCUUGCAUGUUGUAUUUUUUUCAGAAGUGGAUCUUUCAUAUUGUAUAUAUUUUUUUUCAUAGAUGAAAAUGAAGUGGAGAGACCAGAAGAAGAAAAGGCCAGUGCUCCAGCUCCUUCUGGAAAAGAAGAGGAGACUGCUGAAAAUGGUGUAGUGAAAACGAAGGUAACAGUGGCUGAGGAUGACAGUGAUAGUGACAGCGAUGAUGAUGAGGAUGAUGUUCAAGUUACCAUAGGAGAUAUUAAAACAGGAGCUCCCCAAUAUAGCUAUGGAACAGCACCUGUGAAUCUCAACAUUAAGACAGGAGGGCGAGUUUAUGGAUCUUCUGGUGGAAAAGUUAAAGGGGUAGAUCUUGAUGCACCAGGAAGCAUUAAUGGGGUUCCACUUCUGGAAGUAGAUUUAGAUUCUUUUGAAGAUAAACCGUGGAGAAAGCCAGGUGCUGAUCUCUCUGAUUAUUUCAACUAUGGGUUUAAUGAAGAUACCUGGAAAGCUUACUGUGAAAAACAAAAGAGGAUACGAAUGGGUCUUGAAAUUUUACCACUUACCUCAGCUUCAAAUAAAAUCAUGGUCCAGCAGGGCAGAACUGGAAACAUGGAAAAGGAAGUGAUACUGCAGCCAAUCAAAGCUGAUUUCACAUCUCCUCCACCCCUUUUCAAAUCAGGAAUUCCAAACAGAAACAGCGCCUCUUCUCAGGCACAGACAAGCACUGCCUCCAGAAAAGCCAGUGCAGGCAUCAGGAAAUGGCAGGAACGAUAUGGGAGGGCCGGAUCACCUGACAUAAGGAGGUUGUCUGGUACCAUAGAUGUAAUUGGACAGACUAUCACUAUCAGCAGAGUAGAAGGAAGACGACGUGCCAAUGAAAACAGCAACAUACAGGUUCUUUCAGAACGAUCUAAUGCUGAAGUAGACAAUUUUACCAAGCCACCUCCAUUUUUCCCUCCAGGAGCUCCACCUACUCACCUUCCACCCCCCCCAUUCCUCCCACCCCCUCCAACUGUCAGUACUGCUCCACCUCUGAUUCCUCCACCAGACGGACGCCUUGUUUUUUGGAAAGACAGAAUGAAGAAAAAAGGAUUUUUUCCAGAGUUAUGGCCUCACAGAGCGGGGACAGAAACUAAUGUUCAGCUCACUCACCUUCCCUUUCCUGCUCAGGCAAAAGCUUUGGCAAUCAAUUCAAAUAUCAGUAUACCAAUAACUGUGCCACCACCAGGCUUUCCACCCCCUCCUGGAGGUCCACCACCUUCCCUUAUACCAACAAUAGAAAGUGGACAUUCGUCCGGUUAUGACGGUCGCUCUGCUCGUGCAUUUCCAUAUGGUAAUGUCACCUUUCCGCACCUUGCAGGUUCUGCUCCUUCAUGGCCUAGUCUUGUGGAAACCAGCAAGCAGUGGGAUUAUUAUGCACGAAGGGAGAAAGAAAGGGAACGAGAGCGAGAGAGAGACCGAGAAAGGGACCGGGACCGGGAUCGGGAUCGUGAUAGGGAACGAGAUCGGACCAGAGAGAGAGAGAGGGACCGAGAUCAUAGUCCAACUCCAAGUGUGUUCAACAGCGAUGAAGAACGAUACAGAUAUAGAGAUUAUGCAGAAAGAGGUUAUGAGCGUCAUAGAACAAGCAGAGAGAAAGAAGAACGACACAGAGAAAGGAGACAUAGAGAAAAAGAAGAGACUAGACACAAGUCAUCUCGAAGUAACAGCAGGCGUCGUCAUGACAGUGAAGAAGGGGACAGCCAUAGAAGACAUAAACACAAAAAAUCCAAAAGAAGCAAAGAAGGCAAAGAAACAAGUAGUGAACCUGCCCCUGAACAAGAAAACACUGAAGCUGCCCCUGCAGAAUAGGCACGUGUGAUUUUUGCCUACUUGCAUAUAUUAGUGCCAGAAAUAGAUUACUAUAAAUCUUAUUAUUUUUCUGGGUAUUAAAGAAGUUUGCUCUUAAUCUUGUUCUAUUAGUUGAAACAUAAGAUUAAUUUGUUUUUUGGAAAAUAAAAGAAUGAAUUUUUCAUGUUAAAA